GUCGAGCGUUACGAGAAUUUCUGCUGUCGCUCCGAAUAUUCCAAAGACGUACACCUCAAAAUCUACAAGGGAUAAUUUACGGAAAUCUGUUGGUCUACUUGUUGUUUCCUCAUACACAAUCAAAGUUCUCAUUUUAACUACACUACAAAUAGCCAUAACAUCGAUCAUUGUAAUCAUUUUUUCGCAAACCAUUGUGGGACAAACUUUACAUAUCGCUGAACAAUUAUUGAUUCCGGGUUUAUUCGU